UGUUGGGCUCAACAGAAUCCCAAUGGCCUGAUAACAAAUUGAAUGGUCUUCAUUGCCAACCGACAAUGUAAAACUCUAACUAGGAAAACUUCCCGGUUUAUUCCUUAACCGAAAUAUACGAGCCAAAUUCGACUGUUCAGCUUCAUCGCUUUGCACUGUGUUGUUCUCUCUCCCGAUGAAUUCCUCCCCAGCAAGCUUCUUCGAUUUCCCUCUAACACCAAUCGUCUGGUCUCGUUUCUAAUCGGAGGGAACUUUGAAGCUUGCAUUUCUUGGGAAUAGGCAUAAAUGGGGAGGGUAAUGGAUUGGGCAGCAAGAUCUGAUCAUUUGGGAGGACUUCCAAGGAAAACUAUGAUAAUGGCUGUUAGUGCAUUUGCAAAAGCGGUAGCGAAUCUUUGUAACAAAAGCUCAGUUCACAAUGCAGAUACUCUUAUGAAUCUUGUCCGGUCAAGACCACCGGGUGUUCCUCUCAUCACUGUUAGUAAUCACAUGUCAACUUUGGAUGAUCCAGUUAUGUGGGGGGCAUUCAAGGGUCUCCUUUCCUUAGAUCCAGAAUUGGCUCGGUGGGUUCUUGCUGCGGAGGACAUAUGUUUCAGGAACCCUAUCUUCUCCUACAUUUUCCGCACUGGAAAAUGCAUACCUAUAACCAGAGGUGGUGGAAUCUACCAAGAACACAUGAAUGAAGCUCUCCAGCGAUUAAAAGAUGGAUCUUGGCUGCAUACCUUUCCAGAGGGAAAGGUGUUUCAAGAAGAUGUUCCUAUAAGACGACUAAAAUGGGGAACUGCAAGCCUCAUCGCCCGUUGCCCCGUUACCCCAAUCGUCUUGCCAAUAAUUCACCGUGGUUUUGAGGAGAUGUUGCCGGAGAACUACAACAAUGGACGAAGACCACUGGUACCACUGUGCAAUAAAGACCUUAAAGUUGUGGUUGGUGAACCAAUUGAGUUUGAUGUUCCCAUGAUGGUUGAGACUGCUGUCUUGGCCUCCCGCCAUGUAACCCCUCCUCUUCAAGAAUCGAAAUGGCCUGUCCUCACUUCUGCUGGCCAAGAGCUAGACGAAACUGCUCAGAGAUGCCUCUUCAUAGCUCUUUCCGAGAAAAUCCAAUCCUCCUUGGAAACAUUGAGACUCUUAGCCAAGCGAUUGUGACCUCCGCCGGGAAACUUCAAAUCAGAAUCCGGUUCAUAAUUUUUUAAGUUCCGGUUAAGAUCCGCAAUGGUAAUCAAAUAUUAUCUUUAUUUAAUUUUCUGAAGCUGAUAAAAAAUUAUAUAAGUAUGAUAAUUAAAUAACUCGCAUUUUAAUUUAUUUUAUCGACUAGGAUAUAUAGCAACCCGCAAUAAUGAAUGUUAUAUCUUAUCAAUAUCUUAUCAUUAUAGCCAGAA